CUCCUCCCCCUAUUUUGACCCAACUCCAACUCUUCGAGCGUGCGUGCGUGACCUCCUCCUGACCGAUUCCCCCUCCACCAGCCCCAAACCCUAGCUAGACCGCCCGGCCCGCGGAGCCGAUGCGGAGGCGGCUCCUGGAGGGCGCCAUGGCGCUCGCGUUGUCGGCAGCGCCGGACGCCAACUCGUCGGGCUCCGGGUCGCCCCCGUCGGCGUCUUCGGGGACGAUGUGGUGGGUGUCUGGCUGCCACGGGACGUUGUACAGCCUGGCGGUGAUGCUGCCGUCGCUGGCGUUCGUGGGGUUCCUGGCCUGGCAGGCCCGCCGGAGCUUCCGGCGGCUCAGCUACGGCCGCUCCCACGUCGUCGUCGUGGCCUACUACGCGCUCCUCUGGGCCGUUGCCGUCCUCAACCUCCUUUGGUGCUUCCUUCAGGUGUGGCAAUGUAUGCCUGAUAGGGCCUUCUCAUGGAAUGUGCUUUCAUUGUUCACCAAAUCAGGAAUGUUAUUCUUGGAAGUUAGCCUUAUAGCAUUUCUACUUCAAGGAAAUGAAGCCAGUGGUUUUGAGUCUUUGGCACGGACCUUUGUUAUCUCUGGAGCUGUAGUUACUGCUGAUGUCUUGCUCAAGACUAUAUAUGUCUUUGGCUUUGGUGUUCCCUUAUUUAUCGAUGCUGAUCAAGGAACUGGUGGGAAAUGGGGCCUAUGGAUUCUCCACAAAUUGGUGCUUACAGGAGUCUAUGGCUUGAUUGUGUUCAUGCAUCACUCAAGGUGGAGAGAUAGGCUACCUGCAAAACCGGCAUAUUACCACUAUGUGUGUGCAAUGUUGGUACUUAAUGGCUUAUCUCUGUUUGGCUGUUUUCUUGUUGCGUGUGGAGCUGGAUUUGGUUUAUGGUUGUACAACCUCACUACUGUCUGUUACCAUUCUCUUUACCUCCCACUUCUGUACGUGACUUUCUUAGCAGACUUUUUUCAGGAGGAAGAUAUGCUUCUAGAGAAUGUUUACUACUCCGAGAUGAAAGACGCAGGAUUCUUUGAUGCUGACUGGGAUUAAUCUGCAGAUACCACGCUGUAUGACUCACUUUCAUGUGAAUUUGCACGGUGUAACGUCAUUCUGGAAACUGGAUUAGAACAGAUAUUGUAUCCUAACAACUAUUAUAAUCAAUGAAAAUAUGUAAAUUUAUCGAUA